AUGUCCCGAGCCGUGGGAGUGAAAGCGCUCCCGGCGGUCCCCGCCGGCCGCCGCUGGCCAAUGGGCGAGGGCUGCUCCGCGUGCGGCGAGGGCUGCGACGAGGGUUUCACGGCCGAGCGGAAGUGCUUCGUCGACCAGGACGAGGUGAAGAUCGGCUACGGGGACCAGACGGUCUACUCGAAAGCAGGCGCUCGUCAGGCCGCUUCGGCGCCGCUGGGCGGCCAGUCCCCGGGCAGGCCAGCGAGACUGACACCGUCGCCGGUGACCUGGGCGGACGGCCUCUUCCGGCCUACUGGCAGCAGCCUGGCAAGCCGGGUCCGUCUUACGCCCAAGCCCGCGCGGCCGCGCCGCCGGGCGGCGCGCCGGGGCGGUAGAGCGCGUGCGCGGCCCUCGGCCGCGCCGGGGCGCUCUCGGGCGGCGCGCCCGCCCUGGGCCGCUCGAGGCCGCGCGGGCGUCGAGCAGUGGCGAAGCGUCCUGGCUUGCCUGUGGGCCCACCACGGGAUGUUCUCAGAACCUUUUUGUGGUCUGCGCGGGAGCUUCUCAGAGCCUGUCUGGCCAAGGCCGUCUCGUUUUGACGCGUCGGGCUCAUGUUCUAGGAACAUGCUUUCUGUUCUGAGCAAAUGUUUGGGUUUUAGGAUCAUUUCCCGGUAGACCUAGAGGAAUGCGGGGACGGUCGGCCCCUGCUCAAGACUGGGGUCAGAAUUAGCAGAUCCUGCUCCGGCCCCACCUUGGCGGCCUCCAGCCGAGCGCAGCCGCCCGUGCCUCUGCCUCGGCCGGGGGCGUCGGAAGCAGCCGCUUGUUCGGCGUGGUACAGUCGUCUCGCAUGGUCAGGAUGAGCGACUGUGCAAGGGUACCUGCCCUUUUUCGCAUCCUUGCCCCUCAGGUCUGGGUACCUUUUCCUCCUCCGACCUCGCCCCCAGCUCCCCAGCUCUCCUUCGGUCGCCCUCGGCCGCGCUGGCCACGCCUCCGCGCCGGCCACGCCUCGGGCGAGCGCGCCGAGCCGCUCGCGCGCCAACAGCUCGCGAGAGGGCUGGGCUGGCUUCGGCGCGGGAGGGCGGCGCCGGUCCCGGGGUGGGUCGUCCUGGACAAGGCGCGCGCGCGCGGACGCCUGGGCCAGGUCGUUGUCGUCGUCGUCGUCGUCGUCGU